UUAGACUUUCUUGUCAUGUCCCGUUGGACAAAAAAGCUACUCGUCUCCUUUGUUUUCUCACUCUUUAUGUGGGUCUUCUCCGUCUGUCACAAACCUUGAACCAAAGUCAAUAACCCAAAAAAAGCCUCUCGAAAUCCUAAAGCAAUGGCUAAUCUUUUAUUGUUCAUUGCUAGAUCUUUCUUCAAGCUAAGCUCUUUCAGCGUCUUGCUUCUGUUGUUGUUCUCUUUCUCAAGUUUCACCUCAACAGAAGCCUACGAUCCGCUGGACCCAAAUGGAAAUAUCACAAUCAAAUGGGAUAUCAUGAGUUGGACCGCUGAUGGCUAUGUUGCAGUUGUCACAAUCUAUAACUUCCAGCAAUACCGGCAUAUCCAAGCACCAGGGUGGACAUUAGGUUGGAAAUGGGCUAAGAAGGAGGUGAUUUGGAGCAUGAUGGGAGGGCAAACAACCGAACAAGGGGAUUGUUCUAAAUUCAAAGGGAACAUUCCACAUUGCUGUAAGAAGGAUCCAACUGUUGUGGAUCUAUUGCCGGGAACGCCUUAUAAUCAGCAGAUUGCAAAUUGCUGUAAAGGUGGAGUGCUAAACUCGUGGGUGCAAGAUCCAACCACUGCAGCAAGCUCAUUCCAGGUGAGUGUUGGUCAAGCCGGAACCACAAAUAAGACAGUUAGAGUUCCUAGGAACUUCACUUUGAAGGCACCAGGGCCUGGUUAUACAUGUGGACCGGCAAAAAUUGUUAAACCUAGUAGAUUCGUUACUGCAGACAAAAGACGAGUCACACAAGCUUUGAUGACAUGGAAUGUUACGUGCACGUAUUCGCAAUUUCUGGCUAAGAAAACACCUAGUUGUUGCGUCUCUCUCUCAUCCUUCUAUAAUGAAACCAUAGUACCUUGCCCUCAAUGUGCUUGUGGCUGCCAAAAUGCUUCUCAGCCGGGGAGCUGUGUAGAUCCAAAAGCUCCGCAUAUAGCGUCGCUUGUUCCGGGUACAGGGAAGAAUAACUUGGCUCCUUUGGUCCAAUGUACAAGCCAUAUGUGUCCGGUCCGAAUUCAUUGGCAUGUUAAGCUUAACUACAAGGAGUACUGGCGAGUUAAAGUCACGAUUCCUAAUUUCAAUUACAAUAUGAAUUAUACACAGUGGAACUUAGUUGUGCAGCACCCCAACUUCAACAAUCUCACUCAGAUUUUCAGCUUUAACUACAAGUCUUUAACUCCAUAUGCAGCGAUAAAUGAUACUGCCAUGCUAUGGGGUGUUAAAUUUUACAACGAUUUGCUAUCACAAGCCGGUCCACUUGGUAACGUGCAGUCAGAGCUACUUUUCCGAAAGGAUAAAGAAACUUUUACUUUCGAGAAGGGUUGGGCUUUCCCAAGAAGAAUCUACUUCAAUGGAGAUAAUUGUGUUAUGCCACCUCCUGACUCCUAUCCCUGGUUGCCUAACGCCAGUUCCCACCAGCUUGUCUCGGCACUUGGACUGUUGACGACUCUCGUGGCUGCAAUUGCAUUUUUAUUCGAAUAUGCAUGACGUCCAACCGUUUUUUUUUUUGCUGCAAAUUUUUUGACAAAAUCGGUUCUAAGUCUAGAAUGCAGGGUUAGAAGUUCCUGGUUGUGUUGCAGUUCAAGCAAGUCAAUAUGGAGUUGUUUCUUUGUAAUAUAUGGUGUGUGAUUUGAUCACUUGUGCUGUUGUAUGCAUGAGCAUUUCUGUACUUAAACCAGUAACCCAUCUUGAUUGUAGGAUUUUGACGAUAUUUUAUUUAUUACACAAACAUGAGUCAUUAUUAAGCCAUCAAUUUCCCAA